UACAAUGUCGUGUUUCUGGCGGUAUGGGUCAUGGUGCACCCACCACAAUGACUUAGUUUGGACUCUAUUUGCCACAAAGAUCACAUAGUUUGUAUUCUUGUGAAAAAACUAUCAAUUACAAUUCUUGAGAAAGCGUCAACACAAAGGGCAAGACGAAGAGAAAUCGGGUCAAAUUUCAUUACAUUACAUGUAAACAGUGACUACGCAAACCGUGGGACUCCUAGGAGCAGAGUGUUUCACGAAGAACAUUAACAAGUUGCCGUUGUCGUUUAUUCGCCCAGUACCUUGAACUGUACGGACUACUUAAUUAGAUAAAUAGGAUAAAAGACAUACUUGAGCUAGACAGGCGUGUCUCUUAACAACUGAACAAUUAUCCAUUUGCCUUCACGCCUGAGCGGUCAUCACGAAUGCAGACACUAUAAAUAGCUAGGCCGCUACUUCUGGUGAAGAAAGAAACGCCUUUUCCAUAUCGGUUAUCGUUCAAAAUUUCAAGAAAGAAAGACGGCGUUGUUGUGUUUCCCAAAUUGAUACAGUAGCAGUUAGAAGAUGGCAGAAAAUCAGGCCUUGUACCGUCCGUGUUUGUUACUCGAUAUCAAAGUGUUACGUGGAAGGAAUAUUACCCUGGGCACUUAUUCUGAUUGGGUGGAUACACCGGAUCCCUACGUAAAAUUGUUCAUUAGAACAGCGCCAAAUGGCAAGAAGAGAACCAAAGUGAAAAACAACACAGCUAACCCUGUGUGGGAAGAAACAUUGCAGUUUUACCUUGAUCAAAAUGUGAAAAACAUUUUGGAAAUAACUUUAAUGGAGUCAGACACACUCAGUGACGAUUUGGUAGACACAAAAUCAUUUGACUUAAGUGCAUUGAAAAUCGAUGAAACUUACCAGAAAACAUUUGUCUUCAAAGAGAACUCAGAGGUUGAUGUAGAGAUGAAAGUUAAAACAUGCUCUGCACCUACGGACAUGAGGUACAGCCUGGACCUUUGUGUCGAGGAAACUGAUUUUCGUCAGAAGAGGAAAAAGGUUGUUUUUGCAGAAAUGAAAAAACUGCUCGGAGAACGAGGACCAAAAGAACUUGAUGAGGUGCCCUCGAUUGCUAUUCUUGGUUCAGGAGGAGGAUUUCGUGCCAUGGUUUCUCUCAGUGGUGUAUUCUGUGCUCUAAAGGAGAUGGGUGUGUUAGACUGUGCCAUGUACACAGCAGGACUGUCAGGGUCUGCGUGGUAUCUUUCCACCUUAUAUUCUCAUCCUAAAUGGCCGCAGGCCCAUCCAUGUACAAUUAAACAAGAUUUGAGGAAAAAUGUGAAAGACAACUGGAUGUGGUUGUUGCUAACUCCAUCAUGGAUGUACAAUCACGUGAACAUCAUCCUGGACAAGAGAUCACGUGGACAGCCCGUCAGUUUCACAGAUUUCUUUGGUUAUCUGGUUGGAGAAACUAUUCUCAAGGACCGGAAAAAUGUUCCAAAAUUGAGCGAACAGCGCCAUGCAGUGAAAGACGCCGCGGUUCCAAUGCCACUGUACACCUGUCUGCAUGUAAAGAAGAACGAAGUUGCACAGAACUUUUGCGAAUGGCUCGAAUUCAGCCCCUAUGAAGUAGGGAUGACAAAAUAUGGCACGUUUAUGAAGACUGAGAAUUUUGGAAGCAAGUACUUUUGUGGGAAAUUGGUCACACCUUACCCUGAGCCUCCACUGCUUUACUUGCAAGGCAUCUGGGGUAGCGCUUUCACCAUUAUGCUUCAGCGAGUUCUGAACGAAGGCCAGUCACCGACCGACACAGUAAAAAACAUGAGCAACUCUGGUGACUUGAGACAAGAGUUACAGACAGAUGUUUCAAUCGACCCCAUGAGUGAGGACGAAGAAAGCGACGAUGAAAUGGACAUCGGUGCUAUGGAUGGGAAGGAUUUGAAAGAUGAGGACUCUGGAGACCCAGGCUUCCUGAAGAGUAUAGCGGAAAGCUUCGUGGAAAAAAUAUCCUUCCUUAAAACGCGAUCUGGUCGAGCAGGCCUGGUGCACAACUUUUUACGCGGCCUUCAAUUGAUGACCGCCCCUGUCCCUUCGGCCGAAGUUAAAGAGGUUGCUGACACCGCUGACCAUUUAGCUGUUAAGGCUAAACGCAUUUACUUGGUUGACAGCGGGCUCUUGUUCAAUUCACCAUAUCCGCCUCUACUCAGACCUCAGCGGAAUGUCGACAUUUUCCUGUCAUUUGACUUCAGUGCUCGAGAGAAGGACAACGAGCUUUCUUUCAAUGAGCUGUAUUUGGCAGAGAAAUGGGCAAAAGCAAACAAUUUGAAGUUCCCUCCAAUUAACGCCAAGGAACAGUUGGAAACGGACGGAAUCAAAGAGUAUUACGUGUUCACAGAUCCCGCGGAUCCUACCUGUCCAGUUGUGGUGCAUUUUCCUCUCGUCAACAAAACUUUCAAGGAACAAAGCAAACCAGGAGUUCCUCGCAAAACUGCCGAAGAAAAGGAGUUUGCAAAGUUCUCCGUGUUUGAAGAUCCUGAUAACUAUUACAGCACGUUCAACUUUCAUUAUCCUACAAAGCCUUUUGAUCGUCUGUCUGCAUUGACAGAAUUCAACACUCUGUUGGGUGAGCAGGCCAUCAAGGACGUCAUAGCUGACUGUGUGACGAAGAGACGGGGAAAGUAACCCAAUGUGCGGCCAGCGGAUGUACGCAAAAUUCAUGACUGUGGAUGGCACGAGGAAGGUCUCGAGUGAAGAACUGCAAUUUUUUCAGUUAGGGAUAACAGUGGUGAAAAUCGCUAUUGAGGUGUCGGGCUUAUUCUAAUCAGUGUAUGUAAUUGGACAGCGUUUAAGUUAGGGUCAUACCUAACUGAGGGAAUAGAACUAGAAAGCGUAAGUAGGAACCAAUUAAGCUUAUUUUCAUGUACUGUACACCAUAUUCCUGUAUUAGGUUGUCUGCUAUCGCAUCUAACUUGAGGUGAAGGGUGUGAUGAGGGUUCUAAUGAUAAGAAAUCUCUUACGGUGUGUCUUAUCAAUAAAAGGUAAUUCAGGAAAAUUAA